AAAAAGAGCAAAAGAGCAGAGACAAAUGCCGCUUUCUUUACCAUACGCCAAUCUCUUCAAUUUUUAAAACAUUUCUGUGAUAUUCCACACCCCAGUUGGCCAGUUGUCUCUCUUCCUCGCCGGCUGCUUCUUCCGCUCUUGCAUUUGGCGGCUUGGCGCCAUAGACAAUUGAUCUCGCUCAUAUCUUCUGCGUAUUUAUACGUAACGACUCCAACUUUAUAGUUUACGUACACAUAUUUAUAUCUAUUUAUUGAAUUGUUACCCAGGUACGCGCUCGUAGAAUUUUGGAUUCGAUCGGUGGCGAUCGCAACGCGAGGUCCGGGAUUCUCGUCGCUCGAGGAGAAUUUCGUGGAACUCUCGGAGAUUUUGCUAAUUUUGAUGGCGGAUUAGCUUUUGAAAAGUAGAAGUUGCAGUUGGACUCUCAGCAAGAUCAAAUCGAGGACCCGUGUAUGUUUUUGCUGGAAGUCGGGGUUUCCCGUAGAUAGCCAUGGAUCCAUUUGUGUAAGCUGGGUUGAAGUAGCGGAAGUGAAGUGAAGAUACUUGAGCCCGAGCUUCCGGAUAUCAGAUAGUCUUGUUACUAGUCUUUUGGUCAAAGAUAUUUCGAAUACCUUUGCACCAUGUCCAAAGUUGUGUAUGAGGGAUGGAUGGUGAGAUAUGGACGGAGGAAGAUAGGUAGAUCGUUCAUUCAUAUGCGAUAUUUUGUUCUAGAGACUCGAUUGCUGGCUUACUACAAGAGAAAGCCUCAGGACAAUGUGGUUCCCAUCAAGACACUUCUCGUAGAUGGAAAUUGUCGGGUUGAGGACCGUGGCUUGAAAACUCAUCAUGGACACAUGGUCUAUGUCUUGUCUGUUUACAACAAGAAAGAGAAGAACAACCGAAUUACGAUGGCAGCUUUCAACAUUCAGGAGGCCCUGAUUUGGAAGGAAAAAAUCGAGUCUGUCAUUGAUCAGCAUCAAGAGUCACAAACAACUAAUGGGAACAAGUAUGUCUCGUUUGAGUAUAAAUCUGGUGCAGAAAAUGGUAGGAAUGGUUCCUCAUCAGAUCGUGAAAGUCAGUUCAGUGCUGCUGAAGAGGAAGAUGAACCUAGUCAUAGCUUGUUGCGAAGAACUACAAUUGGGAAUGGCCCCCCUGAGUCUGUGUUUGACUGGACAAAGGAAAUUGAUUCAGACUUGGCAAACCAGAAUGCUAACAAUCAGGCAUUUUCGAGAAAGUAUUGGCGCCUUCUUCAAUGCCAGAAUGGGCUUCGCAUAUUCGAGGAGCUUGUUGAUGUUGAUAUUCUCCCGAAGAGUUGCAGCAGAGCAAUGAAAGCCGUUGGGGUUGUUGAGGCUAGCUGUGAAGAAAUAUUCGAGCUUGUCAUGAGCAUGGACACAACGCGCUUCGAAUGGGAUUGCACAUUUCAGUCUGGUAGUUUAGUGGAAGAGGUGGACGGACAUACAGCAAUACUCUAUCACCGACUUCAACUUGACUGGUUUCCAACGCUGGUGUGGCCACGGGAUUUGUGUUAUGUGCGCUAUUGGCGUCGCAAUGAUGAUGGAAGUUAUGUUGUAUUAUUUCGUUCCAGGGAGCAUGAGAACUGUGGUCCACAGCCUGGAUGUAUCCGUGCUCAUAUUGAGAGUGGUGGAUAUAAUAUUUCCUCUCUGAAACCACGUAAUGGUAGGCCUAGAACACAAGUGCAGCAUCUCAUGCAGAUUUAUUUGAAAGGAUGGGGGGUAGGUUAUAUCCCAUCAUUUCAGCAACAUUGCUUGCUUCAGAUGUUGAACAGCGUUGCUGGACUACGUGAAUAUUUUUCACAAAGUGAUGAAAGGUCUGCAGCUCCAAGAAUCCCAGUUAUGGUGAAUAUGACCUCAGCUUCUGUUUCUUCAAAAAGGAAACAGAAACUCCUUGAGAUGUCUCUUCACCAUGACCGCAGUCCUUCUCUAGAUCAAAUGAGUGCUGCAAAAAGAAGUGCAGCGAUGUUGGAUGAUUACUCUGAUGAUGAUGAAGAAUUUCAAUUGGCAGAUCAGGAGGCAGAGCCUCCAAACGUUGAUGAUGGAAUGAGAAUGAAUGUUGAAUCCCGUGAGGAAGAACCCACAGAUCAAAUUGAUCUGUCCAUUUUCAAUGGGAAUCUUCGGCGUGAUGACCGUAACGAUGCUCGCGAAUGUUGGACACUAUCUGAUGGAAACAACUUCAGGGUCCGGAGCAAGAGUUUUUGCUACGACAAAUCAAAGAUUCCAGCAGGUAAACAUACCAUGGAUCUUGUUGCGGUAGAUUGGUUCAAAGAUACAAAACGAAUGGACCAUGUUGCAAGGCGUCCUGGUUGUGCGGCACAAGUUGCUUCAGAAAAAGGGCUCUUCUCUCUGGUUGUAAAUCUGCAAGUACCUUCUUCAACGCACUACAGCAUGGUUUUUUAUCUUGUCACGAAAGCUCUGGUACCUGGUUCUCUGUUUCAACGAUUUGUAGACGGGGAUGAUGAGUUUCGCAAUAGUAGGCUAAAAUUAAUACCGUUAGUGCCCAAGGGCUCGUGGAUUGUGCGUCAGAGUGUUGGAUCCUCCCCUUGCUUGCUUGGUAGGGCUGUUGAUUGUAACUAUAUUCGAGGUCCUAAGUAUUUGGAGAUUGAUGUUGACAUUGGUUCAUCUACUGUGGCUACUGGAGUUUUGGGUCUUGUGAUUGGUUUAAUUUCAGCACUAGUGGUCGACAUGGCUUUUCUUAUUCAGGGAAACACUCCUGAAGAGUUGCCAGAGCGGCUCUUAUGUGCUGUCCGAGUUUCACACGUAGAAUUGAAAUCUGCUAUUGUGCCAAACCUGAAGGCGGAUGGAUUAGAUUAGGAGUAAGGCCAAGUCAUGUCCGAUUAUCAGCCUCACGCAUUGGUUCCUUAUAUAUUUGAAGUAUACAUUUUUUUUUAUAUAAAUAAAUAAACUUCCUUAAUUCUUUUAAUCUCUUAUAUAUACAGAGUAGUACAUAAUUUUGUAUAUCCCAGAAUACAAAUGUGUGAAUGGUGUACAGGCAUAAAAUAGCGAGGCAUUCCUGUCUGCUCUUAGUUUAUCUUCUUAUUUGCUUACUCAUAGGAUCAGUUUGGUUAUAUUGUUACAAUGGUAUUAUUGUACAAAGUAUUGAGCUGUGAAUAAAAAUAAUGUUUUGUGCCGUUGAAAAUGUUA